UAGACUUACGGUUCAUUCUGUCACAAGCGCCAGGAAAUCAGGCGCCAUGUUUUGCAUCAAGCUUUUAUUGGCAUCGUUUUGUCUGUGGACAUCAUCAACCGGCCACGUCAUUCAGCGCCGUCAAGCAGCUAAUGGCUCCACGUCACAGCCACAAUGUUCUCUCGUGGACCGACUGUUAGACGUCUUACAAAACGACCUAAGCAGGCUGGAGGGGAAAUACGACGACCUCUUGGAGAAAUAUCACAGAAUUGUGGAGAUUAGUUUUGCAAAGUUAUCUUUGGACAAGGAAAAUGCUGUUGGCAAAGACUGUGCUGAGUUGUACAAGAACGGUGUUAAACUAAGCGGAGUGUACACCAUUACCCCCUCUAACGGCCAAAGUCCCUUCGAUGUCUACUGUGACAUGACCACUGACGGGGGAGGAUGGACGCUAUUCCAGAAGCGUAUGGACGGGUCGGUCGACUUCUUCCGCGGUUGGGAGGAUUACAAACACGGCUUUGGUAACCUGAACGGGGAGCACUGGCUUGGAAACGAUCUUAUAAACCUUCUCACUAACCAAGGUCGGUAUGAACUCCGCGUUGAUAUGGAGGACGCCACUGGGGUCAAGGCCUAUGCCCGCUAUGACAAUUUCGCCAUCUCCUCAGAGAGGACAAAUUAUCAGCUGACCAUUGGCGGAUACUCUGGAGACGCAGGUGACUCCCUGGGUUACCAUAAUGGCAUGGCAUUCUCAACGAAGGACAAAGAUAAUGACAGUUACGAUAGCAAUUGUGCUCAAACUUAUAAGGGCGCAUGGUGGCACAAAUCCUGCCAUGAAUCAAACCUGAACGGUCUGUACCAUCUUGGUGAACACGCGUCUUUUGCUGAUGGCGUCAACUGGAAAACUUUUAAAGGUUAUAACCAUUCGCUGAAGAGAACAGAGAUGAAGAUUCGUCCAAUCGGCUUUAAGGCGGCUUCUGGUGUCAGUGGCUAAAUGUGACAGAGUAAUUACUUUUGAAAAUAAAACAAGUAUGACAUUUGUCUUUGGUGACGUUUUUAGAAGUCCAACGCUUGUAUAAGAAUAUGUCAGAAACUCUUAAUCAUAAAAUAUCUGUAAUAAAAAAAUUGGGCCAUUUCGUACAAAAUUCAUUCGCUUCGUAACAUAUGAAAAUAUGUUUUACAGAUUACACGUUCUGUUUUCUUUAAUAGCACAUAGGACGUUAAAAUAUAUAUUAUAUCCGGUAUAAUAACCUCAUACCUUUACUCAAAUAAAAGGUAUAAUGCAAAUGCUUAUGCCAUUGAAAGAUAUCUGAUGAGAAAUGACGUGUCGAUUCUUUUAUCAAUAUACAUAAAUCAAAAGACUCAAUUUGACAGUUCGGGAUAAUUUUAUGCUCACGGUGUAAUUUUGCAUACUAAGAUAGCAAAGGACUACCGGUACUUGCUCAAUAAUAAAACAAUCUUGAACCGUAAUGAUUGUUUUCUUAACGUAUAUCUCCGCUUAAAGCUAACAAACGUGCUCCAGAAUCUG